UAAUAAAUGUGCAUUGUCGCCAUUCAUUCGCGCCAUUCUUUUUCGCCGAGCAUAAUAUUAUUGUACUAAAAUUACUGUUUAAAGUCAUGGCGAAGGUUAAUAUAGUUAAUGUUGUUGUUCUUGAUAAUCCUUCACCUUUUCUCAACCCGUUUCAGUUUGAAAUAACAUUUGAAGCUUUGGAGGACCUCAGUGAAGAUUUGGAGUGGAAAAUCAUAUAUGUUGGAGCUGCAGAAAGUGAAGAAUUUGACCAAACUUUAGAAACAAUACUUGUAGGCCCAGUGCCAGGUGGUAGACAUAAGUUUGUGUUUCAGGCUACACCUCCUGAUACUAGUAAAAUACCACUUCAAGAUGCUGUUGGGGUGACAGUUGUUUUGUUAACAUGUUCAUAUAGAAAUAAAGAGUUCAUAAGAGUGGGUUACUAUGUAAAUAAUGAGUAUGAUGAACCUGAGAUGAAAGAAGUACCACCAACUGUUCCACAAUAUGACAAGUUGAUGAGAAACAUUUUAGCCACAAAUCCUCGUGUUACAAGAUUUAAAAUAGAUUGGGAUGACAAUCAGAGUACACCUGUUGAAAAUGGUGAAAAUGUACCUCCAACACAUAACCUGGAAUCAGAAUCAAACCAAAUGGUGCCGUCCGGAUCUCAUGCACUUGACGAGAUGAAAUCCCAGCAAGUGGUUCCAGAAUUAAAUGGAGGUGGUGGUAUGGAUAUUGAUGACACCAGUGUUAGUAUGUCGUGAAAAUAUGACACAGUGUUAUCAAUUGUGUAAAUGGGUUUUAAAAAAGAACGGCUAUAGACAUGACAUAAGGCGAACUUACUUAAUAUUCUGUGUUAUGUCAAGUAGCUGUUCUUAACAGAAGGGCUUAUCAGUGGGUAAUGAUUGUUUUGUAGUGAUUUACAAAAGAAUGGGAAAAAUAGAUCUCAAAAAUUUGUGAAUGUUUGUUUACAUCAGAAAAAAAAGUUAAAAGACAUGGCAAAAAGGCCCUUGUAGAUGAAAUAUUUGUGAAGGAAUUGGCAUUAAGAUAUACUUGUUACUUCUUUAAAAUUUAUAUUGCCAGUCCAUUUUUUUUAAUUUUCUGAAACAUUGGUUUAACUAAAACUAAUGAAUGCUGGUAAAAAGUCAUUUCUCAUUCUAAAUCACAGUAACGGGGUUGAGGUGCAAAGUCUCUGUGACUGGAAAGUAAACCUAUAUAAGCUUACUAAUUUCAAAUCUGCAUCAUACAGCUGUGGGUUGGAAUCCCACCAGCAACUUUUAAUUCUUUCAUGUGAGGAAGCUAUACAGUAAGCAUAUGGAAGGUCCGUGGUUCUACUGAGAUAUCUUCAUGUUCCUUAAAUACUGCAUGGAGGGGCACCUGAGGUCCUCCCAUCAUGAGUAAUGUUGGGUUGUCCAUAUGUAAACUUUACAGUGUUUGUUUGCAUAUUUACCCCAUUAAAAAGAUGACCUUUAUGUAGCUUUGAAGUGAAUGACAUAAGCUACGUACUAAUAUUUAGUGUUAGUUUAUCAGUUUAUGAACUUUAUUGUAUUUAUUCACCUAUUGUUAGAUACUUAAUAAGACAGGGUUUUCUUUUUUAUUAACAUGGGCCGUAUAUAGCUUUGACUGUUAUAAUACUUCUUCAGUUCAUUCUGACAUGUAAUAAUGAGCAAACACUCUGACAGAGGAGAAUUAUUGUCAUGUUAUAUUUGAAACAUCUUUAUGUUGUUGAUAUUAUUAUUAUUAUAGUAAUUAGCAUCAGAAACAGUAGAUUAUAGAAGAACAUUUGUGUAGCUUUAAAGACAAGUUCUUUUUAUCUCGUUUUAUAACUAUAACUUUGAUUUAGGUCUCUUUUUUGUGUCUGUUUUGUUUAUUCCUUGAACCAUUAGUUUAGCCCUUCACUUUAUCAUAUGUUUUAUUUAUUUACCUAUGAAAUGUAAUGACCAGUUUGUGUAAAAAAUACUGGUCUGACGAGAUAAUAUAGUGUAUCACUUUUUGAUUAAUUUUGAACUAGCAACUGAUAGGAAAGGUUGAUGUACUUGUUGAUGAUACUAAAAUAGCUUGAACUAUGUUUUAGAUAAGUUUCUGUAACAUUUUAUGUGAAUGAUACUGUUUCCAAUGUGCGUUAUGUCGAUAUUGAAGGUUUGUUUUGUUUUCAUAAACAAUAAAUGAAUAUCUGGGCCAUUGACAAAUUUUCCUCAAUAAUAUUUAAUUUUGCUCAAGAAAUAAAGAAUUGGCUACAGCAAGUCAGCCCUGGUGUAAAUGUACCUAUAAUUUAGUUUGAUUAGAUUUGUGGAAGUAUGUGUAAUAUCAAUUGUAUUGCACAUUAUUAUUAAAAAAAGAAAGAUUUGGAUUUUUUUUUUAUUAAAACUGUCACCUUUGUGAAGAACUCUUGGAUUAAGAGGUCAAAAUUUGAUUUCUGAGAAGCAAAUGAAAAUGUUUUCGUGCAAUAAUCUUUCUAAAUAGUGGAUACCACUCUUUAAUACUGAAUCCCUGCAUCAUAUAUGCUAAAGUCUUGUAGAGUAAAGUGUAUUUGUGUUAUCAUUUAUUUAAUAUUGAGAUUAGAAGAAAAAUCAUGUUCAUAUUUUCAUUUAUCAUAUAUCAGAAAUAGAAAAUGUAGUUUCUUGAAAGCUGUCUUGUAUGUAGUGUUUCAUGUCAAACUUGAUUAUCUUAUUACAGGCUUUUAUAUUUCCAUAUUUAUAGUGAUGAUAUCAAAUAUUCUUAUCUUCUCUGAUUGUUUAUCCAUGAAAUUCAAAGAUAAGAAUAGAUCAAAGAACUUGACAAGAGUCAAACUAGUAAAAUUGGUAUUCUUUUUAAAAAUAAGUUUUGCAGGCCACUUUGGCUUCAUGGCUUAAAAUUUGAGUUAAUUUUAAGCAUAAAAAUGAUACUUUGAUUUUACAAAGUUAAGUAAAGAUUUGAUUUAAACAAAGAUUGCCAUAAAAGCUUGUGAUCAUUUUUCUAAAAGAGUCAUACAUGCAGAUACAUUCAGUUGGGGUAUUUCAGUGAUUUUAGUAUAAUUCUGGGGAAAAACUUUUCUACUUGUGAUUAUGGUAUAUCUUUGUGUUUAUCAUAUAUAAUUAUAUUUGGAUUAACUGGCAAAUGGCAAUGGGAAAUACAUAACUGUCUUGAAUGGACUGUCUGUUGUGGGAUAUAAAAUGUAAUAAUUCUACCAGUAAUAAUUAAGUAAGAACUUGACAAUUUAGAUGUAAGUGCUAGGAAUUUAUAUUGUUUCUACUUUUCCAAAGAAAGUUGGAAUGCUGUUUUUAGCUGUCAAGUCACCAUCCUUUGAUGUCACUGAUAUUUUUGUUUCAUUAUUAAUUUUAAAAGUUUUCAUAUUUCCUUCUAGUGCUCUGUUAUAUUGUUGUACAGUCAUGUUUUGGUAUUUACUUUGAUGAGGUAGAAAUAUUUCACCAAAACAGACUAGGUAUUUAAAAAAUAGAUUUUAUAUUUUGACUUACAACCUUGAUUUACUUUAACCAAAUAAAGUAAAUUGAAAAAAAAAA